UUUCGUUCAUUCAUUUUCUUAUCUGUUUCUGUAAUGGCUGGCUAUUUUGCGUGGUGGAAUUUGUGAUUUGUUUGAUUGCAUUUGCAUUUGACUGUCGUUUUUCAUUAGAAUCCAUACUGAAUUCACAUAAAAUGAAGUCUAAAAAGCGACACCAAUCAUCAUCAGAAGAGUCUGAAUCUGAAGCUAGUGUGGAAUCAAAGAGUUCGUCGGAAAGCGACAGUGAAGAAUCCUCGGCGUCAGAACACCGGCACAAGAAAAAAAGAAAACGUGCUGACUCCUCAGAUUCAGAGAGCGAUUCCGACGACCAGAGGCGUUUAAAGAAACGGAAACAUAAGAAAAAGAAGAAGAAACAUGGCAAAAAGAAAAGGCGGUCAGAGUCUCCCGAGGGAAGUCAGUCCGUAGAGGAAGUUUCUUCCGUCAGCGAAGGUGAAAUCUCUCCGAAAAAAAAGAGAAAACACAAGCACAAGCACAAACAUUCUAAAAGAGCGCGCAGCUCCUCGGCUAGUGUAAUAAUUGAAGAAGAGGAGCCAACGGAACGGCGUCUGCAUAGCGUCGUUAAGGAGCGCCGUGAAUCGUCAGAACGCGGCCAGCCUCGAACGUAUUACCCGCGAGACUAUCAUCAGUCAACAGUGGAAAGUGUUGAGAGGGAUCGGGAAGUGCAGCGGUUUUAUCGGGGCUCCAGCAAAGAGCGCAGAUACCAGGAGCACUACCGCUAUACCCAUGAACGCAAUGACAGAUUCCAAUAUGACAAAUAUAAAAAUAGUGAGAAAUACGACCAAACUCAUUCCAAUGUGGAGGAUUACAGUCAAAGGCAGAGACAGUAUGAUGAAUAUAAAAGGAACCAAAGGUAUGAAGAGCGUCGGUCACCUGUAGAAGAAUACCACAAACGUCCCAAAGAUGAUAAUUACCACGCCAGGGAGGACCCUAGAGGGUUCAACCGUUACAACCAAUAUGAGGACAGAAGGCCUAAGCGACCCGACUAUGACAAUGGCAGGGAUUACAAGGAAAGGAGACCGCCUCCCGAAGAACGCUACCGCGAGAGGGAAUAUCCGGACAAGAGGGAAAGGUUCAGGGAAGAAGGAUAUGUCUCUGAAAGGCCCCGUGACGGACGCCGCGACCGCCCCUUCCGGCCGGAGCACAAGCCCUUCCCUCCUCACCACAGGGAGCAGUCUCGAUCCCGGAGCGCGGAGCCGCGCUACAAGAGCCAGGAGCGGCGCCGGCCCGACGAGCGCGCCAAGUCCGGCCUCCGCGACCAGCGCCCGCCCCCGCCCCCGCCCGCGCACCCGCACUCGCCAAGACUCGCCGACUCCAAACCUCACAGGGAUAGAAAGACCAGAUUCACAAACGUCGACGAGAAAGAUUACACCUGGGGCAAAGCCGAAGCGGGCAAGGAGGAGGCCGCGGCCGGCGACAAGGAGAAGCCCAACUUCGGGCUGUCGGGCAAGCUCACGGCCGACGCCAACACCGUCAACGGCGUCGUCAUCAAGUACGCCGAGCCCGACGACGCCAAGCAGCCCAAGAGGCGGUGGAGAUUCUACCCCUUCAAGGGCGACAAGGCCCUCCCGAUCCUGUACAUCCACCGGCAGUCUUGUUUUCUGAUCGGGCGCGACAAGAAGGUGGUAGACAUCGCCCUGGAGCACCCGUCCAUCAGCAAGCAGCACGCCGCCCUGCAGUACCGCUGCACGCCCUUCACGCGGCCCGAUGGCACGCAGGGUCGCCGUGUGAGGCCCUACGUCAUAGACCUGGACUCGGCAAACGGCACAUUCGUGAACAACAAGAAGGUGGAGGCGCGGCGCUACGUGGAGCUGCUGGAGCGCGACGUGGUCAAGUUCGGGUUCUCGGCGCGCGAGUACGUGCUGCUGCACGAGAACAGCAAGGACGACGCGCAGGACGACGACAACCAGGAGCCCGUCGCCACCAGCACCACCGACCAGAUCAAGCGCGAGAAGCGCGUCAAGCAGGAGCUGGUCGAGGACGGCGAGUAGGCCGGACAAGGUUAUCAAUGUGGCUCUCCAUUAAGGACGUCUCCAUCUGAAAUUUUGAUAGAAACGUCCUUAUUGCAGAUGAAGCAUAAGGACCCUUCUCUGUGGAAAGCCACAUAUGGGUGAAUCAACUUUUCCUUUUUACUUGUUGCCAUGAUUAUGGUCGCCGGGUCACUUUAAAUCGUCAUUUUGUGGCAUUUAAAUUUUCCAAACAUGUAUUUAUGUGGAAGUUAUAAGCCCUUUCCACAAUGGACCAUUACCAAGCAAGAUAAUAAUAUAUAACGUGGUACAAGAGUUCAAACUGCUACUAUUGUCGCCUGGCUGACGGGACAGAAUAACCACCAACGAAUUGUUGAUUCACCCAUUUGCAUUAUUAUUAUUAUACUGUAUCUACCGUAGACACGAACAGUAUGACAUUAGUGAAUAUGUGAAUUGAAUGUGAAUCGUGAAACCCCAAGGCCCAAUCAUUGAAACAUAACGUAACUUCUAUAUCCUUAAUCUAGUUAGAUUACUGUCAUGUGUCAUUGAGGUGUUUCAUUCGCCAAAAUGUUUUACAUUAGUGUCAAAUAGUUUUACUACACCGAUUCUCACCUAUAUGCAAUAUUCCUUGUAACCAUAAAUUUCUUGUUUUAUCAUUUCCCAACGUGCUAUCUAUACUAGCUUGAGGAGGCAUAAAAUACUGAUUUAAGAAGAAAAUACAGGUUGCCUUUGGUUAGGGUUUCAUAUCUUCUUUCAACUUUCAGCAACAGUGUUAAGCUCGGGACACAUUUAUCCCACGUACGCAACGUAUGCAAUGCAUUAUGACAUCUGAACCCUGAAAUUUGUAUGCUUAGAAACAUACGCAACGCAACGCAUGACAAGUAUGUUUCUAAGCAUACAACAUUCAGGGUUCAGAUUAUCAUAAUGCAUUGCAUACGUUGCAUACAUGGGAUAACACCUGCGGCAGGGAAACACCUGCCUUAAGUGAAUGAAUGUUGGUUAUCAUACCUUAUGUAUCCCUGGACCACAUGAACGUAAACAAGUAAACCCUCAAGUUAAUUGUAUUUGAAAGAGCAUUUCCCUGUCGGAAACACUAACUAUAUAAUAUAUAUGUUGCAAUAUAAGAAAAUGAAGGGAUUACACAGUAUAUACUAUACUGUAUACUUCAUGCCAGAGAACUUUUUUUUGAACGAGUGUUCAUAUGGUAUAUAGAAAAAUAUUAUAUAAAUUGCAAUUGGAACAUUUUUUAUCAAGUUAGAAGAUGUUGAAAUACUUUAAAAGUACAAGGGAGCAUACAUAAAUGUAACUAAAUCGAUUUUUAUAAUUUAAAUAAUGUAUGCGUUUUGUUACUUAAUUUCUCACGGAAUAUUGGAUGGGUAGAUAUAUUUUUCUUUGCUGAAAAUUUCUGAUUGUAUAUUGUUUAAUUAACAAUAAAAUCCGUGAUAAAUAAAGUUCCACUCUGUAUGUGUCUAUAGAUUUACCGGACAAUGUUCGAGUUUUCCUUAACGUUUUCGUAGUUCAAUAUCUUACUGGUAAUUUCUUAGGUUUUACGGAAGGCUCGGCUGUCCAGUCCUAGCACUGUUAGUUAGUUAGUUAGAUUUAAGAAAAUCAUAGGCUGUGCUGAAACAGUACGCCGCUUCUAUUUGAUUAUUAUUGGUCGAGGAGCCUGUGACAUUUAAAUUAGUUUUAUUAUAUUGUUAUUUACCUACUGGUAUUUGCUGUACAUAUUUGUAUGUAUAACUACUAUACCGUGGCCGACUAUAGGCACUAUUGACGUUAUAUUUAUCGUAAUCAAUAUUAUAAGUAAAUUCUAAAUAAAAUAAACGUCUAGACGAA